UGUGCUUGCAAACGACAGAAAUAAUUGGGUUCUACCCAGACCCGUUAGGGGAGACGGGCCGCACCCCAACGUCUCGGUUUCCUAUCCGACUCGCGCUCAGCGGCGCUCAGGGCAGAACUUCUGCUCCCUUCCCCACUCGCGCUCAGCGGCGCUCAGGCUCGGCUCGGCGGCGGCGUCGGCGGCUCCCCCUUCCGCCUCUCGCCAGUCGCCUCCGUCCUCUGCGCACCGGCCGGCGACCCUGGGUACGCACCUCCCUCUCCCCUCCCGCCUCUGCUGUACCGUGGGAGCCCGGCCAGCUGCCCAGGGUGGCCGGGCCUGUGAUUUGGCGAUGCUUUUGAGCUACGAUACAGGUAGCCAAGAAGACAUCACAUGGGGGCGUUCUUGAGCUCCGCCGCCACCAAGGAGGACCAGCAGUGGGUGCACGGCGAGGCUCCGAGACCAGAUUCCUCCAAGAAGAUGCGGCUUUCGACCCCUCUCUGCAGCCACGGCCACCCGAGGCUGAUCCCGGGGCUCCCGGAUGAGAUCUCUAUGCAAAUCCUCGCGAGGAUGCCGCGGAUGGAGUACCUCAAGGCCAAGAUGGUCUCGUGGAGCUGGAAGGCGGCGGUAACUGGCGCAGAGCUGUACCGGCUGAGGAAGGAGCUCGGCGUGGCCGAAGAGUGGCUGUACAUACUGAUGAAGAUGGCAGAUGAUCAGAAGCUGGUUUGGCAUGCUUUCGAUCCGGUUAGCAACCAGUGGCAGAGGCUGCCACUUAUGCCUGGGAUCAGUCAUAGCAGAGUCUAUGGGUUGGGCUUGGGGGAUCUGGUGAGCGCUGGCAUAAGUAUCUUUGACAUUAUCAGAGGCUGGCUUGGUCAGAAGGAAUUGCUAGGCAGUAUACCAUUCUGUGGCUGUGCCGUCGGCGCGGUUGAUGGUUGCCUCUAUGUUUUGGGUGGGUUCUCUAGAGCUUCCACGGUGAAAUGCGUGUGGAGGUAUGAUCCCGCUGUCAAUUCAUGGCAGGAGGUGAGCCCGAUGAGCACCGGGCGUGCCUUUUGCAAGACUAGCCUGUUGAACAACAAGCUGUAUGUUGUUGGCGGUGUCAGCAAAGGCAAGAAUGGGUUAGCUCCGCUAAAAUCCGCUGAAGUGUUUGACCCAGCAACUGGGGUUUGGGCUGAGGUGCCAGAUAUGUUAUUCUCCAAAUCGCAAGCUCUACCGAUGGCCUUAGCUGAUCUACUGAAGCCUAUUGCUACUGGAGUGACCUCGUACCGAGGGAAGCUAUAUGUUCCUCAGAGCCUUUAUUCCUGGCCCUUUGCUGUUGAUGUUGGUGGAGAGAUCUUUGAUCCGGAGAGAAAUUCAUGGGAACAAAUGCCUACAGGCAUGGGUGAAGGUUGGCCUGCAAGGCAGGCUGGAACGAAAUUGAGCGUUGUUAUAGAUGGCAAUCUGUAUGCCUUGGAGCCAGCAACUUCUUCUGGCAGUGCAAAGAUAAAGAUGUACGAUGCUCAAGAGGAUACUUGGAAGGUUGCUGUAAGCCAGGUACCCGUUGGUGCCUUUGCCGAGUCAGAUAGUCCUUAUUUGCUUGUUGGAUUUCUUGGAAAGCUCCAUUUGAUCAUCAAGGAUGUGGGUAGCAAAAUCAAUGUCAUGCAAACGGACUCUCUGGAGCCAUUGGAUUCGCCAGCCCUUUCGGCUGGCACAACAUGUCAAGUCCCAGAUGUCUCCUUGGAGCAGGCAGAUGUUUGGAAAGCCAUCGCGUCGAAGAGUAUCACAGCUGCUGAACUUGUCAGCUGUCAGGUUCUCAGCAUUUGAGUUUUUAAGGUUGAGUUUCUCUGGAUCUUUGUAUAAGUUUGUGCGGUAGAUAUAUUUCUGCCGCCAUCGAAUUUGUCAGGUAACUUCUUGUGGUUUCAACCUGAAGAACAGAUAAUCUCCAUCUUCUGCUACAAAUGUGAUCAGUGUCUGCUGCAGUUCUGCUACAAAUGUGAUCAGUGAACUGCAGAAAUUCUGUCAGCAAUGUACAUAUGUGUGUGCAAUCUGGGUAGUUCAGUUUUGUAAUUGUUUUCUUCUACUCUUAUCUAUGUAUAUGUCAUUACAUAAAACUGAAUAAGGUUGUUGCAGCUUUGUCCAGUUCCAAAGGCAACAGUGCUGAGUCAAUGAACAGAGUAGUCUGAACCCUGUCCAUUGUUCAAACUGCUGUAAAUUCCAUUUUUCAUACCUUUUAGCUUGUUUGGUUUCUCCAUGGAAAGUGUGUGCAAUGAUCAACAAUGAUCCCCUUGAAGAGA